GCGGAGCGACGGUCGUCUCAGCAUUUCCCCCUGAAGAAGCCGGACCGAAGGGACGCCGCGACCGGGACGAGCGCUCCGGGUCUCCGCACCCCACCCCCACCCCACACAGCCCCCCCUCCGCAGCAGCCCGGCAUGGACGUUUCGCCGGACACCUGUGGACGGCGCAGAUAUCUGCCGUUGCUGUGUCUCCUCGUGUUGGAGGCAGCAGCCAACUGUCCUGGGCCUCAGGGAACGGGAAAUAUUGUCCUAACGAGCGAAGCCCUCCUACUGAAUCAUUUUCCAGAAGACUCUCAGGUCACCGUGGAGUGUGCUAAUGGAUAUAUUGAAGAAAGUGGCUCUGGGGUUAUAAAAUGCAUUGGCGGGAAAUGGACUGAACCAGAUCUCAUCUGCAAAAAGAAGGACUGUGGUCACCCUAAACUUCAGCCCAGAAUGAUCUUUAAUAUCGAAGCUGGUACCCUGUUUGGUGCUGUAGUAACAGUAGCAUGUGAAAAAGGAUAUCAGAUCAUUGGAUCGCGCUUCAAGCAAUGCUAUGCCACGGGGUGGGUCGGAAGAGCCAACUGUGAACUUGUAACGUGCGAGCGACCUGAUGAGGUGGCCAACGGCAGAAGCCUGUGGGAUUCUGAGGAUGACCCAAUAUAUGGAGACGUCAUAAAGUUUGCCUGCAACGUAGGAUACAGCCUCAUUGGUAAAGAAAGCAUUAUCUGCAGCGAAACUGGCGAAUUCGAUUUUCAGCCUCCUGAAUGCAAACGUGUGACAACAGAAGAAAAAACUACAGCAAAAAAAAUAGCAACGACUCAUAGGCCUCCAGCACAAGCAGUGUCCACUUCCGCAGCUGGAGCUGCAACGUCCACAGCUCACAGAAAUGAAAUAACCAGUGCGACAUCAGCUCUCCCAUCUCCAGCAAAAGGUGGCAGAGACAUUUUGACGCCGGAGGAUAAAGCCAACACAACCAGGGCAACACAAGUAACAUCAUUUCAAGACCAAAAUGACGGGACUGUAACUCCUUCCACGGAUACAGAAUAUAUGCCUGUUAUACUUUCUGUGACAUGCGUGUUAUUAGCUGCAUGUAUAGCUGUGUUCGUUUUGUACAGGUUUAAUCUGAGGAGAAAAGGCUCAUAUGACACCCAAGAAGACCUGAAGCCGGAGUUAUUACAGUUCCAAAAUGUUUAGAUUGCCUUCCUCCCUCAGGUAUCUGUCAAUUCCUGUGUAUUUAUUACCAUUAAGACAUCAAAUACCUUUAAAAAUAUAUAUUUUGGUAUUGUUUACUUGUUACCUCUCAUAAAAAAGCUAACAUACAGUUAUUAAGUGGAAACAUAAAUGGUUACAAGUGAAGCCAAACAAUCAUGAAUUGUUUGCCAUUGUCCUUUUCAAACCAAAUGGUUUUCUCUUGAUUUCUUGCCAACACCAGCUCUGCAACUGCGACUGCAUCUGUUGAGGAGCAUCCGUGACCCAGAAGGAUGUGCCAGCCGACUGUACCGGUGCCUCCCUGAGUCGAUGGGGGGGGGGAGAACUCGCUUAAUAGUAUUGCACUUCAAAUGGUAGAUAAUCAAAUCUGCUGAGUUGUACAACAAUUUAAUUGGAAAUUAUCACAUUCCAGUGAUCAAAAGCACUUUUUUGAAAUUAUGUAUUUUAUGUUUUAUUUACAAAUUUAUUUCAGCAAAAAGUUAUAAAUAUUUUAUGCCACUACUUUUUUGUACUUAUAUUGUAUUUAUGUAAAAACUAUGGUAAGCAUUUCCUCCAUGUCUUAAGUGAUUUUUCUCUAUGAAAAAAAAAUGUGUUGAGUUUUUGAGAAAUCUCAAGGCCGUAGGUUUCUGUUAUUAAUGUGCUGUUUUGAAAAAGGGGAUUCGAGAGGCAUACAAUGUGGUUAAUUCAAUUUUUCCACUGAAAUGGCUUCUGAUAAAGAUACAAUCAACUGAA